CUCUUUGACGACGUAGCACCGGAUAGGCUGCAAACCCGGAAAUUGUAACGUUGUCAAGCUAGCUCAGCUAGGCGCUUGUGUUUAAGGAGAAAAAUAACCUCUGGCCGGCGUACAGUAUGGACGGAGAGGCGGACGACUCGGUGUCGGUGUCGGAGGACUCUGGCCCCGGCAGGAGGCGUAGGGUGCACGGCAUGCUGAAGCUCUACUACGGUCUGAACGAGGAGGGAAAGCCCGAGGAGCAGCCGGAGUCCUUGGAUCCCUGCGACAUCAACGGGCCGCAUUUUGACCCCGAGCACUUCCUCAACAAGCUCAGAAGAGAGUGCUCCCUUGCAGAGUUGAUGGACCAGGAAACCUGCAUGGUCAAGCAGAUCCGCUCUUUAGACAGUGACAUGCAGACAUUGGUGUAUGAAAACUACAACAAGUUCAUAUCUGCCACAGACACAAUAAGAAAGAUGAAGAAUGAUUUCAAAAAGAUGGAGGAUGAAAUGGAUUGCCUGUCCGCUAACAUGGCAGCAAUCACUGAGUUCAGUGCUCGUAUCAGUGGUACUCUUCAAGACCAGCAUGCGCAGAUUACAAAACUCUCAGGGGUUCACACUCUGUUAAGGAAACUGCAGUUUCUGUUUGAACUGCCUGCUAGAUUAAAUAAGUGUCUGGAGCUGCAGGCCUACGCUCAGGCAGUCAGAUCCCACCGCCGUGCCCGCUGUGUGCUGCAGCAGUACAGCCACCUGCCGUCCUUCAAGGGAAUUCAGGACGACUGUCACGCCAUCAUGGACAAGCUGGCACAGGAGCUUCGCCAGAAGUUCAGGGAUGGUGGGUCCAGCUCCAAAGAUUUGUCAGAGUGUGUGGAGCUGCUGCUGCAGUUGGAUGAGCCAGCGGAAGAGCUCUGUGAUAAAUUCCUGAGCCAUGCGCGGUCUCGACUUGAGUUGGACCUCCAGGGUCUGGAAGCAGAGAUAAGACCGUACCCGUCUGCCUCAGCCAUGAAAGAUGCUUCUGCACACAGGCUGUCAUCUACUGCAGCCGCUGGAUCUCCAACUGAUAACUCCCCUAAAACGAGUACUAUACCUUCUCCCACCUCAAACACUGACAUACUGGAAUUCAUUGACAGAGGCUGCAAUGAAUUUGUCAGCAGCUUAUGUUUAGUAAUUGCAUCCUAUCAAGAAUUAUUUAUAAAUCAUGCUCAGACGGGCGAGCUAGCAUCCAAAAAUAUUCCACAGAUGGCAAAUGGUAAGUUGCAGGCCUUUGUGGAUGAUCUGGCUGCUCGAUAUUUCUCGCUGGUGGAGCGGAGGAUACAAGAGGAGAAAGGGGUCGCGGAUAACUCUCUCCUGGUCCGCGCACUCGACCGCUUCCACCGCAGACUUCAGGCCGUGGCCAAACUGCUGCCAGGCUCCGCCGUGCAAAAUCAGGGGACUGAGAUUGUGAUACGGGCAGCAACAGAGCGAGUCAAGCAGUACCUCUCCGCCCUGCAGAGCUUCUACAUGGACAGCUUGACAGACGUGAGGCAGGCCCUGGCGACACCUCGGCUCUCUGUGGCCAGUGCUUCAGUGGCUGGAGGCGGAGCUCAUCUAGGGGGGCCGGCCUCCGGCAGAGAUGCUCCGACCAGCCUGCCAGAGCUCCUCUCCUCUCUGUCAGCCUCUAUUCUCAAUCAGAUUAAGUCAGUGUUGGCGUCCGUGCAUCUCUUUACAGCUAAGGACAUUACUUUCUCCAACAAGCCGUACUUUAAGGGUGAAUUCUGCAGCCAGGGGGUACGUGAGAGCUUGGUGGUGAGCUUCAUAAAGUUUGUAUGCCAGUCUUCUCGGCAGUUUUGUGAGAGCGCGGGAGACAAGGGAGGUUCGACUCCUCCGGCCCUCCUGUUGCUGCUGUCUCGCCUCUGCUUAGACUAUGAGACCUCUACUAUCUCCUACAUACUCACUCUGACAGAUGAACAGUUCCUUGUGCAGCACCACAGUCCCGUAACACCCGUCACAACUUUAUGUGCAGAAGCCAGGGAGGCUGCACAGAAACUACUCAAUCAUUAUGUAAAGGUUCAGGGCCUGAUCAUCUCCCAAAUGUUAAGAAAGAGCGUCGAAACACGAGACUGGGUUAACACCAUCGAGCCACGAAAUGUCCGUGCUGUGAUGAAGAGAGUAGUAGAGGACACCACCUCGAUUGAUGUGCAGGUUGGUCUUCUGUAUGAAGAAGGUGUGAGGAAGGCACACAGCAGUGACUCCAGCAAAAGGACUUUCUCUGUCUACAGCAGCUCGAGGCAGCAAGCCCGCUAUGCUGCUAGCUACACUCCAAGUGCUCCCAUGGAUACUAGUCUGCUGAACAACAUACACAAGCUGUUUUCUGAGAGGAUUGACAUCUUCAGCUCAGUAGAGUUCAACAAGGUGUCUGUGAUUACAGGAAUUAUCAAAAUCAGUUUAAAGACAUUCCUGGAGUGUGUCCGCCUGCGCACCUUUGGCCGUUACGGGCUGCAGCAGAUCCAGGUUGACUGCCACUACCUGCAGAUGUACCUGUGGCGGUUCGUGACCGAUGAGAACCUUGUACACUUCCUGCUGGAUGAGAUAGUGGGGAGCUCCGCCCACCGCUGCCUGGAUCCUGCCCCGAUGGAGCAGAGUGUGAUCGAAGUCAUCUGUGAACGAGGUUAAAGCUGUGCAGCACAGCCAGCCUCAAACACCGUAUCGCAAAAAAGAAUAACAGAAUUACAAUACACACUGGAAUCAUGCAUCCAAAUUUAAACAUGUUACAUAAUUACUGUUAAAUGUUAAAUUUAUUGAUCCAGAUUGAAAUAUACUGUAAAAAUGAUGUUGUGCACUAAUGCUCAAACAUUUGUGAAGAUGUAAAUGCUCACAAGUCAGCUUAACUCUGAUGACCUUAAUGAAGAAGUGAUGAAUCUCUGCAUUAACAGUCUCUUCUCUUGUGUUGAAUGAAUAGCGCUUUUACUACUGUAAAAACAUGAAUACAUCUUCCAACACUAAAGGAAAUGAAACAACACUUGGCCGUUAUGUUGUAAAGAAGAUUAAGUCACUGACUGAAAGUGACUUGGGGAUUGAUCUACAUUACAUUCCAGGCACUUCCCAUACAAAGUGUACAUGAGCCUCUAGUGCUUUGGGUUUAAUAUUAAAAUAGUCAUUUACAAACCAUAAGAUAUGAGAAGAUAUACCCCUCUGAUCUCUUCUAUCUGCAGAGAUAGAAACAAAAUGAAUUAUCCAUGAUACCAGCUAGAGUAGAGUGAGUAAAUGCUCCCCUUGAAGGAAAACAUGUUUAAUGUGAAUACAAAAUCUGAGUGACUUAAGACAAAAGUUUUGUCCCGUGGAACUCUCAUGUAUUAAUAAUUCCUUUUAGUGUCCUUUUGCUGAAUAAUUUGCAAUCUGAACGUCAUCUGAUUAUGUAAUUCACAUCUAACACUAAACUAACUACAUCGUAUUUAUGGUAUCUCUUGCCUUCAGGCUAGUUAAUGCUGUUUUCUGUGCAUGUCUUCCACAGAUAGAUGGUAUGUUUUGGAGUGAUUUAAAUGUUUAUGUCCAGAAUAAAAGCUAUGAAUGUA